AUGGCCCACGCGCCGCUUGCCCUCCCUCGGCCCAUGCCGGCGGCGCUUGGCCGAGGGGGCGGCGGCGGGCCCGCCCCCGCCCGCCGGCGUGCGCCGUUUGCGCGGCGCGGCCUCCUCGCUGCCGCCGCUGCGGCGCUGCUGGUGGCGCCUGCGGAGGGCGCGUAUGAAGAAUUGCAG